AUGGACUCCUCAUGCCAUCUUCCAACCGAACGCUUUGUUCAGAAGUGCGAAUCCACGAACUGUCCAAAUGCUACUGGGGCUGCUCGCGACUUCGUUUCGCAAAUCCUGCAGCUCGCUUCGAAUACUGGAUCGGCUAACGAGGUCGAACGCUCUGAGCUUCGUAGGAAACUCCUGCAAAACCUCAACCACGAGAACGUGUCCAAUCUCCUCCAAGUUUUCCCUUGCACCGAGGACACCUACGAGACGCUGGCGGAGUAUGUUUGCCCAAAAGCCGGCCAAUGCUCCUGCGGGGAGGAACGGUGCACUGGAUCCAAGGUUCUGUUCAUGUUGCUGUUACUCAUUAAGCGGGAGGAAUGUAUCCCCCUCCUGCACGCAGAAAGAAUAUGCGACUGGAGUCUUCCUCUCCGCGUCAGGAACGGAGGGAUUGAAACCUCCUCUGGGGAUACUUUUUUAGUUGGCCAGGUUGAAAAGUGGCGACCCCAUGAGCUCGUGCCUGUGCGACUACCAGCUGAGGUCUCGCUUCCUUGGGCCGACUGUCAAAGCAUUCCAGACCAGGGCCAUGACGGAAACAGUGGCAUAGCCUAUCAUAUACGACAAUCAAUCGUUAAGAAAGUCGGUAUCAGGGCACGACACCAUGAUUUGGUUGAUGCGCCGACGAAGGAUGACGCGUCAUACUUCGCUGUCAAGACCCAAAGGUCUCCCAAACGGAAGUGGGUAGAUUUCCAGGCAGAAUUCAACGGCAUCAAGAGAACUUCAUCGCUGCACAGGAAUAUUGUCCCUUUACUGGCAGCGUUCUAUCACGGCGAAACGCCAUAUCUUUUGUUUCCCUGGGCGGAUGGGGGCAGCCUCGAGAGCUUGUGGAAAGACAAAGUCCCAUCCAGCGGGAACCCGGAUUCGAAAGCAACUGAGUGCUACUCGUUAGCAUGGGUUUUGGAGCAGUGCUCUGGUCUUGCUGAUGGUCUCAGUUUCAUCCAUGGUUAUCAAACCGACAGCCUUCUACAGGGCCAAACUCCGCCUACGCCUCAGUUGCACUCGGACAUCACGCCGGAAAACAUCCUCUGCUUCCAAACGAGGGUCAAUCAGCGGACAUCCUACACCCUUAAGAUCGCGGAUUUCCAGUUUGCACGGCAGGUCAAUGCCCAAGGCGAGACGGGGAGCUCGGAAACAUUUAGGCCUCAGAUAUACUACGCACCGGAAUUCGACCUGUCGAAUACGAAUACUGAGGCUCUAUUGACGCUGAAGGGUGACGUUUGGAGCCUAGGUUGUGUCUUUCUUGAAUUUGUUAUCUGGUGUGUUUUGGGCUCCUAUGUCGACAUUGAAAAUUUUAGGAGUGCCCGUGAGAAGGACUUCCACGAUACUGGAGCACUCGAGCAAUUGGGCAUGAUGACUAAAGAAACGACGCCAAUAUUCUUUCGUCUGAAGCGCAACGAGCAAGCGGAUGUGGACGCUGAACUCCGCAAGUCCGUGAUCGAGCAGCCCAAGCCCAAGUUCGAAGCCCCUCUAGACGCUGCACCACACGAGGGCAAAGGCAACAAGAAAACCAAGCUCCCGUGCUCCCGCGACGAUUCCCUCGUCCCUAGCCCUGUAGCCCUGACAGUUGCUCCUGUUGCUGCUGCUCCUGCUCCCGCUCCAAGAGGUAACAAGAUCGACAGCUUGAUAGACACUUACAUUUCGGAGGACACAGAUUAA